ACAUCGUUUAUAUAGAUAUAACAUAAGUUUUAUACAUGUUUAUGAUAAAUAUUUUAUACGCUUGUCAUUUGUUAAAAAAUUUUAAUUUUUAUUGGUUCGCGUUGCUUUGCAACAAAUACCGUGCAAAAUGAUAUGCGAACCCCAUUACAAACGCGGCGGGUUCCUCAUUCACUCGUAAUUUUUAAUCAUCAUCCCGCGAUUUUUUUUUUGUGAUAAAUUAAACUGUUUUUCGUUAAAAAAAUAAUACUUUGAUACUCUUUGGUACACAGUGUUAUAGUAUUAAAUUAAAUUUCAAUCAUGCAUCAACCCACUCGAAACGAUAUCCAAGGAAGAAAUUUUCUGUUUGAACGAUCAGAUUUGAAUCGACGAACUCCCACGAUACUAUUUGAAAAAUGGGAAUUCGAGCAAGUAAAUCGUUCCAAUUCGUCAACAAAUUUUUUGUCACAGUUCAAUUUAUCUCAUAAACAAUCGAUUGAAAAUAUGUCUGACUCGUUUUAUACCCCACCGAUGGAAAAGAAAAGUAUACCAACGCCGAAAGCGCCAGUGAAGUACAAAAAACAACCUAAGAAGGGAGAUUUAAAGCCAAAAAAGUUGUAUUACACCGAUGAUGAAUUAGAUGCUUCAAAUACUAUAGAUAGCGGAAUUCAUAUUCCAUUUGACGAAUCAAAUAAUACUUUGUUUCACAAACACACAACUAAAUGCAAUAGAUUCGAUUCUUCACAAAAGCAAAUACGUAGAUUACGCGCCAAAUUAGACAGGAUUAAAGUACAAACGAACGAUAAAGAAAACGAUAGAAAUGUUUUAGGAAACAGAUCCGUGAACGUAGUGAACAACAGAAACAAUGUAGCACAAGAAUCUUCUGUAGUAUUCAAUCCAAAUGCAGAAGAAUUAUUUCAAUAUGAUUUUAAUUGGAAAGGAAAAUUAUAUUGGCUACAACCUAAGAGGGAUAUUGGUUUAUGGAUUGAAUGCUGCAGAAAAAAUUGUAAAAAAUGGAGAUACGUUGAAGAAUAUCAUGAUCCACUAAGUGUACCCAAAAUAUGGUAUUGUGAAAUGAAUUAUGAUAAAUCAAUGGCAUCUUGUAAUAUACCAGAACAUCCUAACUCACUUGCCAUUAAAUUUAAUUUAAUUGAAAAUGCUUAUAAUGCAGGUAGUAUUGUUUGGGCACAUAUGAAAGGUUUUCCAUGGUGGCCUGGAAUAAUAAAUGAUUGUCCUGAUACUUUUACAUAUUAUAAAUUGCCUAAAAAUUCUCUGAUUCCUAUUAAAUAUUAUGUUACAUUCUUUAAUGAAGAAAAACUUGAAUGUGCUUGGAUUCAUAAGCGAAGUCUUAAACCAUUUGCAACAUAUAAAUAUGAUCAAUUAAUUAAAAGGACCGAAUUUCAUGGAAUAAAUUAUAAACAAUCCUUACAAAAAGCAUAUAAAAUAGCUACGAAUGCUCUUUCAUUAUCAAUAUUAGAAAGGUUAAGAGAAUUCAGUUUUUUGGCACAGUAUGAAAAAUUCUAUGAUAUUAAUGACAAUUCAAAUCAAUUAAUCAAUAAUAUCACAAAAAGGAAAGUUUUAUUAGAAAUGGAUACAAAUUCAGAUGAUGAAAUACCCUGUUCAAAUCCCACAAAAAAGCAAUACACAUUGAAGGAAUAUUAUUUAAGAAUAAUAUGUAAAAAUCAAGAGAUAUAUUCCUAUAAAUAACUUUUUAUAGGAAUUUUUGUUAGAAAUAAAAAAAUUAUAAAUAUAUCGA